AUGGAUGAUUUUAACCAAUGGAUCCAUGAGAGUGGUUUAAUUGAUUUAAGUGCACAAGGUAGUAAUUUUUCUUGGUGUAAUGGCCAGAGUGGUUUAGCUAGAGCUUGGGCGAAGCUGGAUCGUGUUUUAUUGGAUGCAAAUUUAUUGUCUUUGUUCCCUACGGUGUCUUGUUCGUACUUAUCAAGGACGACUUCGGACCAUUGCCCUAUGUUGGUUGAAUUUUUUAAGGAUACUUAUUCCUAUGGUCAUCCUCCAUUUAGAUUUCAGCAAAUGUGGGUUGAGCAUCCAGAAUUUAUUGGUUUUAUAAAGCAGGUGUGGGAUGUGCCGGUGAUUGGGACGGGGCUUGUCAUUCUUGCUUGUAAGAUUAAAAAGGUGAAAGUAGCUCUUCAUGAAUGGAAUAAGCGAGUGUUUGGUAGGACUAAUACCCAUAUUGAAUCUUUGGAAGUGAAGGUUGAGAGUCUGGAAGGUUGUCUACAAAGAAAGUGGGAUAUUGAUGCCGAGAGGGAGCUUGUGCUGGCUUCGGAUGAAUUAAAUUUUUGGAGACAUAGGGAAGAUAUCAUAUUAGCUUAA